GCAAUGAUUAAAGUACUAGUUAAGUAAUCUCAUUUCGUUGCAAUGUUCGUACCGUUUGUGGUAUUUUGGGCGUUAAUUUCGGGUGGAAAUUGUGCCAGAAUACUGGGAAUUAUUGCAUUUCCAUCCUACAGUCACCAGAUCGUGUUCCAGCCGUUGUGGCGGGAGUUAUCGCUACGUGGGCACCAGGUGACCACACUCACGACCGAUCCGAUAAACGACGCCAAGCUGACGAACCUAACGGAAAUAGACCUUCGCUUUUCGUACGAAGUCUGGCGGUCAGCUUUGGCGGAAGUAAUCGAUGGCAGCCAAAUCCAUUUUGUCAAAGUGCUCAGGACGGCGACGUUGGCUAUGCAGGAGAUUUCGCGACGGCAGCUAGCGCAUCCUAGUGUGCAGGGUUUGAUACACGGAGACGUUUCUUUCGACUUGUUGGUCGUGGAGUACUUCCAACCCAGCAUGUUCGCCUUCGCCGAGAGGUUCAGGUGCCCGCACAUCGGGGUGCUCUCUUUGGACGCGCCGAGUAACAUCUUGAAGCUAAUCGGUCAGCCCAUUCAUCCGGUGGCCUACCCGGACUACAUGCUGUCCUUCACGGAUCACUCCACGUUUUUUAAACGGAUGAAAAGUAUCGCGUAUUCCUUGUAUGCCGAAUAUGUGUUCAAUUACUAUUUCUACUCCCUCCAGCAGGAGCUCGUCGAAACGGCUUUCGGCUCGAAUUAUUCAUCUUUGGCGGAGGUAGCAAAAAAUGCCAGCCUCUUUUUCACAAAUUCCGAUCCCAUACUUUACAAACCCAAACCGUUCCUUCCAAACGUCAUCCCAAUAGGCGGCGGAUCCGAUCGGUUUCCAUCCGCUCCACUUCCAAAUAAACUAGUUGGAGUAUUAGACGCAGCGUCAUCUGGUGUCAUCUACUUCAGCCUGGGAACGAACGUCAACACUGAAAAUUUACCAAACGAGACGAGGAAGGCGAUUCUGGAAGCGUUCGCCGAGUUUCCCUACACGGUGCUGUGGAAAUGCGACUUCGAUCACGUACCAGACAAGCCUAAAAACGUCCACGUCUCCAAAUGGUUCCCCCAAAAAAACGUGCUAGGUCAUCCCAAUGUCAAGCUAUUUAUAACCCAAGGAGGCCUACAAUCGGUGACCGAGGCGAUUUUGGCCCACGUUCCCAUGAUAAUCAUACCGUUCUUUGCGGACCAGUUCGGCAACGCGCAAAGGAUGCUGGAGAGAGGCGUCGGACUGUCGCUCGACUACACCAAUUUGCAAAAGGAGGAAUUUAAGUCCGCGAUAAGGGAGGUUAUAACUAACCCCCGGUACAAGCAGAAGGCCACCGAACUGGCAGAAUUGGCUAAGGAUCAGCCGAUGACGGCACUGGAACGCGCCAUCUGGUGGACGGAAUACGUGUUACGCCACAAGGGGGCCAAGCAUCUCCGAAGCCCAUUUCUGGAGAUCCCCACCUACCAGUAUUUUCUGCUGGAUGUCAUUUGCGUUUUGCUUCUGAUCCUCACGGUAUUAUCAUGCGUGGCGUAUGUCCUUUUUAAGCUGGCACUCAGGCUAGCUAUACGGACUUGUGCUCUCGGACGCAAGAAACAGAAGGACCAAUAGAUUUGCGGACGAUCGAGGACUAUGACGCACCCAUCACGUUUCUUCUGCAACAGUUAAUCCAGAAACUAAACCUGCUCCGUUAAAUUCCUUAGGCUAAUCUGGCGACACGUGGGAUACCUACGACAGAGACCUUCCAUGAACGUCUUCCAGCAACUUUCAAACACCCAAGAAAUGAACGAACUCUACAGACGAUUCGGACCCUUCGACCUUUUUCUCCAGAUAGCUUAGGUAUCCCCUCAAGAUAUCUUUCGAAGAGUUUCUCUAGAAAUCCAGCCAAAGGCUCUUCAGGCGACCGACAACCUCCAAGAAACUGUUUCACAUUACACUGACACAGUUUGGCACCUUUAUAUUAAAUACAUAAUACAUACCCAUC